UCUGCUUUAUAAACAAGCUCAUCAGGAUGCAUUUUUCAAAAGAGAGAUCUGGGGCAUUUCUUGGCGCCAAUGGACAAUCAACUGACAUGCUAAAAGUGAGUGCAGUGUGUCAGCUAACACUGACUUAAAAUCAGAUUCAACAAUCUACAUGCGCAAGGGCAGCUGAGUCAAAACUAACUAAAUACAAGACAUGGGGAAAGGAAUCUACAUCAGCAAAGCGGUGGCAGUAACCUUAUCGGUUGCAGCCAUUGGCGCUGUGGCCACCAUCAUAGCCCUGUCUGUGGUUUACGCUCAGGAGAAGUCAAAGAAUGAAGAGGCACCUACAUCCACAGCCAACCCUAGUUACUCCACCAUCACCACAUCCAUUGUGCCCUCCACUAUGCCCUCCACUAUGCCCUCCACUAUGCCCUCCACCACGCCCUCCACUCCGAAGGGGCCCUGGGACUACUACAGACUUCCAGACUCACUUGCUCCUGUCUCCUACAAUGUGACCCUGUGGCCCCGGCUGAAGCUCAACGCAGACAACCUGUACAUCUUCACCGGAAACUCCACGGUGGUCUUCAGAUGUGUGAAAGACACUGACCUCAUCCUCAUCCACUCCAACAAGCUCAACCUCACCACCUUCGACGGACACCUUGCCAAGUUGAGGGGCCUGAAUGGAGCCACUGCGCCCAGCCUGAACAAAACCUGGCUAGAGGCUCCCACCCAGUAUCUGGUAAUCCAGCUCAGCAGCCUGCUGCAGGCCGGCAGCAUGUACGAGCUCUUCACCGAGUUCGUUGGAGAACUAUCUGAUGACCUGGGAGGAUUCUACAGGAGUGAAUAUAUAGAAGAUGGAGUGAAAAAAGUUGUGGCCACUACUCAAAUGCAGCCAACUGACGCCAGGAAAGCCUUCCCCUGCUUCGAUGAGCCAGCUAUGAAAGCUGUCUUCCACAUGACUCUCAUUCACCCCCAGGACACUGUGGCUCUGUCCAAUGCCAUGAACUACGACCCUGUUAACAUCACUAUGGAUGGCGAGAAUUUAAUCCAGACAAGCUUUAAACCCACAGAGAUGAUGUCUAGCUAUUUGCUGGCUUUUGUUGUAUGUGAUUUUGCAUUCAUUGCGAAUACAUCGGAUGCAGGCGUAUUGAUCAGGAUCUGGGCUCGCAGGAAGGCCAUAGAGGAGGGCCAGGGAAACUAUGCCCUGGAGAAGACCGGACCAAUACUGGCAUUCUUUGAAAACUAUUACAACUCUUCCUACCCCCUGAGCAAGUCAGACCAGAUCGCUUUACCUGACUUCAGUGCUGGAGCCAUGGAGAACUGGGGUCUGAUCACCUACAGAGAGACCGCCCUCUUAUAUAAUCCUAGUGUGUCGUCCAAUGGAGACAAGGAAUGGGUGGCAACAGUCAUCUCCCAUGAGCUCGCUCAUAUGUGGUUUGGGAACUUGGUGACCACAAGGUGGUGGAAUGACUUGUGGCUCAACGAGGGAUUUGCUACCUACGUCUCAUAUCUUGGAGCCAAUUAUGCUCAACCAACUUGGAAUAUGAAAGAUUUAAUAGUUCUCAAUGAGAUCAUUGGUGUGAUGGGUGUAGAUGCCUUGGCCUCCUCUCAUCCCCUUUCAUCCAAAGAAGAGGACAUCCUGAAGCCAGAGCAGAUCAGUGAACUCUUUGACUCCAUCACAUACAGCAAGGGAGCCGCAGUCCUCAGGAUGCUCUCAGAGUUUAUAACUGAGGAUGUCUUUUCCAAAGGACUCCAUACAUACUUAGAGGAAUUCAAGUAUAACAACACAGUCUACACAGACCUCUGGAAGCACCUGCAAAUGGCGGUGGAUAAAGCCAACAUAACACUGCCCUACUCUGUGGAGGAUAUCAUGAACCGGUGGAUCCUCCAGAUGGGGUUCCCGGUGGUCACCAUCAACACCACAACUGGAAGAAUCACACAGAAACACUUCCUAUUGGACCCAGAUUCUGUAGUGGACAGACCUUCACCAUUCAAUUAUUCGUGGGUUGUCCCUGUUACAUGGAUUAAAACUGGUGCAGCCGAAAAACAGUACUGGCUUAAUGACAAAGAAGGAUCAUACAGUGAAAUGGCACUUGGCGCUGAUGAGUGGUUGGUGGCCAACAUAAAUAUGAAGGGCUUCUACAGAGUCAACUAUGACUUGCAGAACUGGGAGCGUCUCCUUGCCAAGCUGAGCUCCAAACAUGAGGAUAUUCCAGUCAUCAACCGAGCUCAAAUAAUCGAUGAUGCUUUUAACCUCGCAAGGGCAAAGAUGGUGAGCACAACUCUGGCUCUGAGGACUACCAAGUUCCUCCAUAAAGAAGUUGAAUACAUGCCCUGGCAGACAGCCAAUCGCAACUUGGACUACUUCUUCCUCAUGUUCGACCGCAGUGAAGUGUAUGGACCCAUGCAGGCAUACAUAAAGAAACAGGUCACUCCUCUGUUUGACUACUUCAAAGAUAUCACUGCGAACUGGACCAAGAUCCCCGACAAUCACACUGACCAGUACAACCAGGUGAAUGCGAUCUCCAUGGCCUGCAGCACUGGAGUGGAAGCCUGUAGGGAGCUGACUAGUGGCUGGUUCACAGAAUGGAUGAAGAACUCCUCUAAAAUCAUCAGUCCCAACUUGAGGUCCACAGUGUACUGUAGUGCAAUCGCGCAGGGAGGAGUGGAUGAGUGGGACUUUGCUUGGUCCAUGUACAAGAACGCCACCAUCGCUUCAGAAGCCGAUAAACUCAUGUACGCUCUGUCCUGCACCAAACAGCCCUGGCUGCUGAACAGGUAUCUGGAGUAUAGCCUGGACCCAAAGAUGAUCCGUAAGCAGGACGCUACCGCCACCAUUGUUUACAUUGCUAGUAACCCCAUCGGUCAACCGCUGACUUGGGACUUUGUCAGAAGCAAGUGGGACCACAUAUUCAAUGACUACGGUGGUGGAUCAUUGUCCUUUGGAAGACUAAUCGAUGGAGUGACCAAACGAUUCUCCACCGAGUUUGAGUACAAGCAGCUGCUGCAGUUCAAAGAAGACAACGCAGGACAGUUUGGUUCAGCCACCACGGCUCUUGAGCAGGCACUGGAGAGAACUAAGGCCAACAUGAAUUGGGUGGCCAAGAACAAGAAAGAGGUGUUUGAUUGGUUCACCAAUGAAGCUCCUUCUCCUUCAGUUUAACUCUCUCCAGUACACUGUUUUUAAGUGUAGAUUGUUUUAUUGACUUUUACUCCAGUUGAAACCAGAUUUAUUAUUACAUAUUAUACAAAGUAAAGUUUUGAUAAAGCCUUUUUAUGGAUAAAGAUUGUUUGCUACCAAAAUCUGGUUUUGUGUGUUGAAGAUUUUUAAUAUUGUUUGUACUGUGCAAUAUUUUAAAGAUCACUGACUUAAUAAUAUAAUUUUUGAUAUUCUGUACUCACCCUAUUUUUUG